AUGAGUAAACUUAAAACUACACCACCACUUGUUAGUCUUCGUUCAGUAAACACUGCUCAAGAAGUUGAAAUACGCCUUCACGAGCCCCUAAUUCAAAAACAAGGGUCUCGUAAAAAACGAAUAGGGCUACAAAUAUUGAAUGCAUUGGCAAGAUUGGAAGUACUACUGAAUAAAGAGGAGGCACUUGCCAUUUCAGAAGAUGCGGUGCAGCAUUUGACGCAGGUUCGUGUGUGUGCUAAAAAUAGUUUAUUUAUUGACAAGGCAGCCGUAACAAAGCUCAAUCUGAACGGUUUUCGGUUUCAUGAAAUACCUGGGGUCUGUUCUGAACGUAGAUAUAUAGAAAAUUACCCCAUUUGGUUGCAAGAAUUGUCUGAAGACUUUGCAGCUCAUAUGCAAGAGCAUGGUGGG